GGUUUUUUGGGAGUCGCACGAUCCCACCCAGGUCAACCGUCAGGGCAAUGAUCGUGGCACUCAGUAUCGCUCCGUGAUUUUCACUAGUACGGCAGAACAGCUGACAUCUGCCCUGGCCUCGCGUGAUGCCUACCAGACGGCGCUGGGUAAAGCAGCUCAACCAAUCGCCACUGAGAUCCGCAUGGAGGUAGGAUUCACACCGGCUGAAGACUAUCAUCAACAGUAUCUCAGCAAGAACCCGCAGGGGUACUGUGGUCUCCGCGGCACUGGCGUGGUGUGUCCCAAAUGGUAUCUGCUGUGA